AUGUGCAGUGUUGCACACAUAACAAGUAAAAAGAGAGUUCAUCAUCAUGGUAGAAGAGAUAAUAAUAAUAAUAGAAGGAGUGAAACAAGUCAAUUUGAUGGUGUAGAAACAAAAGAACAAAAGACCAGACAGAUAGAUAAUAGUUGGUUUAUACACCAAUCGUCUUCAGGAGUCAAAUUAGCUGGCGAUUGCGUCGAAACCUUCAACAACCUCAAGCUCGGUCGUAAGUUCCAAGCCAUCCUCUACAAGAUCAACGACGGUUCCACCGAAAUCGUUGUCGACAAGACCCUUGCCCCAGGUUCCUCAUUCGACACCAUCAUUGCCGAAUUACCAGAGAAGGACUGUCGUUAUGCUAUCAUCGAUUUUGCCUAUGAAGACGAAGGUGCCAACAAGAACAAGAUCAUCUUUGUUGCCUGGUGUCCAGAUGUUGCCCCAAUCAAGAAGAAGAUGUUGUACACCUCUUCCAAGGACUCUAUCCGUAAGUCUUUGGUCGGUAUCCAACUCGAAAUCCAAGGAACUGAUGCCUCUGAAGUCAGCCGUGAUGUCUUCAUCGACAAGGUCAACAAGAUCUAA